UGAUUAGAAAAUAGAAGCAGCAUAUAUAAUAUAUUCAUGAUAUUGACAAUAAGAUAUAGAACUUCAUUAGAGGCGAUAGAGGGGUAUCCAUUGAAACUCCUACAUCCAGAGAAAGUAGAGCUUAUUUUCCUGUUGCAGGACAAAACCAACGAGAAAAUAAUGGCUGAAGCUGUUGUUUUCUUUGUGGUGCAAAGGCUACGUGAUCUGCUAAUCCGUGAAGCAGUAUACUUGCAUGGAGUGAGAGAUGAAGUGAACUGGAUGCAGAAUGAAUUGACAAGGAUGCAGUGUUUUCUAAAGGAUGCAGAUCAAAGGCAAGAAGCGGAUGACAGAGUGCGCAACUGGGUGUCCGAAAUCAGAAACGUCGCAUAUGAUACAGAGGACAUCAUUGACACCUUCAUUCUCCAAAAGGCGCAUGAAAGAAGAGGCGUUUCGGCUUCCGUGAAGAAAUAUGCUUGUAUCUUUAAUCAUGGGGUGCAUCUCCAUGGCAUCCGCGGGAAGAUUGAAGAACUCAAGAAAACAAUCCUUGACAUCUCUCGCAGUCUAGAUGUUUACGGAAUCAGAAAUGCUGUCGACAUAGGAGAACCAAGAAGCACAAGCUCAAAUGAGAGACUGAGAAACCUAAGGAGGACUUCCUCAUGUGCGGACAAGGAGCAAGUUGUUGGAUUUGAAGACAGUACAAAGAUAUUGAUCGGGCAGCUCCUUAAGAAAGAACAAGAGAGAGUUGUGAUUUCCAUUUUGGGAAUGGGUGGCUUGGGAAAGACAACUCUAGCAAGGAAAGUUUUCAACUCCAUUGAUGUCAAAGGAAGAUUUGAUUUGUAUGCUUGGGUUUGUGUCUCUCAAGAGUACACCACCGUCGAUCUUCUUCAGAGAACUAUAAAGUCCUUCCACAAGCCAACUAAAGAAGACUUGGAGCUGAUGGAGAGGAUGACUGAGGAAGAUUUGGAGCAACACCUCUAUGAGCUUUUGAAAAGGAGAAAGUACUUGGUAGUCAUUGAUGAUGUGUGGCACAAAGAAGCAUGGGAGAGCUUGAGAAGAGCAUUUCCAGAUAAUAGGAAUGGAAGCAGGGUCAUCAUGACCACUCGCAAUAAGGCUGUUGCUACGAUUGCAGAUGAGAAGAGCUUUGUUCACAGACUCCGAUUUCUAACGCGAGAGGAGAGCUGGAGAUUGAUGUGUAAGAAGGCAUUUCCUGAUAGUAUUGUUGCAGGAUAUUGCCCUCAGGGACUAGAGGAGUUGGGACGGGAAUUGGUGGACAAAUGUGGUGGAUUACCACUUGCAAUAGUAGUGUUGGGUGGACUGCUGUCAAGAAAACAGCCUCAUGAAUGGCAUGGAGUGAAAGAUCAGAUAUGGAGGCAUUUGACAAAAGAUUCAGUUCAUGUUUCGGCAAUAUUAGCUUUGAGCUACGAUGAACUGCCAUAUCAGCUGAAGUCGUCCUUUCUAUACUUAAGCCUCUUCCCUGAAGACUUUGUUAUCAACACAGAGAAGCUAAUUCGUCUGUGGAUAGCAGAAGGGUUCAUACCACAAGGUGAAGGAGUGAUGGAGGAUGUGGCAGAGGAAUACUUGAAGGAGCUUGUUGACAGAAGCAUGAUUCAGAUAGCUGAGAAAGAUCUCGAAAGGAUUAAAGCUUGUCGGGUACAUGAUCUUCUUCGGGAUCUAGCAGUCAAGAAGGCUAGAGAGCUCAAGUUUCUUGAAACAUAUGAUGGUAACAUGAAUUCAUCAUCUUCUGCUUCUAUUAUCAUGUCAUGUCGACGACAAGCAAUUCAUUCUGGGAACGUGAGGUAUGUUUCUUUAGAACAUUUGAAUACCCAUUUACGGUCACUAUUUUUCUUCAACCCUGACCGUGAAUUGCUCAAAGUAGAGCAGUUGAAGUUUAUUAAGUCAAAAUUCAGACUACUGAGGGUGCUCGACUUAGAGGAGACUAGGAUUCAACCUUCAAGUCCUUCUGGGAAAGUAGUGAGAUUGUCUGAUGCUAUAGGAAAAUUGAUUCACCUAAAAUACUUGGGAUUCAAGAGUGUUGACACUGUGGAGUUCCCUUCAUCCAUUGGAAACCUUAGAAGCCUCCAAACCUUAGUUGCAACAGGCAACUCAAACUGGAUAUUGCCUGUAGAGAUAUGUAAACUGAGUCAGCUAAGGCAUUUGAUUGCCCGAACUCAGGGUUUCCUGCCUGUCAGCACUUUAACCAACCUCCAGACUCUGAAAUCUGUCAAGUUCAGUCAGUGGGUUGAAAUCGACACAACGGAUAUGAUAAAUCUUCGCGAGUUGGAAAUUCGUGAAAUACUCUUGACAGAUAUAAGCACAUUUUCACUCUACUCCAUUGCACAUUUGAAAAGUCUGCGAUCCUUGACCCUGCAAGCAACCAAAGCCUUUCCUCCACUGCUGCCCCUUUGUGAUUGUCCACAUCUGCUCAAGUUAAAGUUAGAUGGAAAAAUAGAGAAUCUGCCGGAAGAACACGAGUUUCCUCCGAAUCUUACAGUCUUGAUCUUAGUCCGCUCUAAACUCAAGCAAGAUCCAAUGCCAAUACUGGAAAAUUUACCAAACCUGGCCUUUCUAGACUUUGGAAUUGAUUCCUUCCUCGGAUAUGAAAUGUUUAUAACAUCAGAAGGGUUCCCUCAACUCCAAGCACUAAGGUUUUCAUGGGUGCACAGCUUGGAGAGCUUAGAGGUUGAAGAAGGAGCUAUGCCUAGACUCAGUACUUUCAGCGUCGAAGAUUGCAACGAUUUACUGAUGGUCCCUGAAAGAUUGAGGAUGCUCCCGGUUUCCCAAGAUUGGUGACCUAAGGAAGGAAAUUAAAGCAAAUCCUUGAGAAGAUCAAUCCUUGAGUGUGCAUGAUUCAAAGAUAAAAAGUGAAAAGUUGCUCUUAAGUUCAGGGUACACUCAAAGCAUACGUGCCAAAACCAACCUUACAUACUGGAAUACAAAACAAACCUCACUCUCCAUUCCUAAAACUGAGAAGAGAAGAGGAGAAAAAUUAAUGGAGUGGUUCUACACCAGAAGAAGAGGUCCUGAGUGGAAACAAGGUUGGACAGGCCAGACCCUGUCUUCUAUUUCCACACCACCACUGCCAUUGCUCACCAUUUUUGGGAUUGUCAUAGUCUUGUUGUGGCUCUCUCAGUACACAGAAUACAAGGCACAGUUACACCACGCAACCACCAACUUCCAGCUCUUCAUCUUCCUUCUGCCAAUUCUGCUGAUAAUCUUCAUGGCUUCAUAUUCUGCCAAUUGGAGCUUCUCCUAUUGGCAGCACCAAAAUCUGAGUGGGGGCUCUCCUUGGGGUAUUGCCAUAUUGGUUGUGAUUGUUCUGUUUUUGGUCUCUUAUCAGUCUUCUUUUCGUUCCAACUGGUCUGGUCCCCUUUGGAGAUCAGAUUAAUGAAGUUGUGGGAACAAAUUUUCUCUACAAGAAAGGAUAAUAUAGUAAAAUAUGUGCUGUAAUACUUGUAAU